AUGGCCUUGUGCUACGACAUUGGAUAUUCAGAGAUGCGCAUCCCCAACCUGCUGGAACACGAGACUAUGGCAGAAGUGAUCCAGCAGUCUUCUAGUUGGCUGCCCUUGCUAGCCAGAGAGUGCCACCCAGAUGCCAGGAUCUUCCUCUGCUCACUCUUUGCACCUAUCUGCUUGGACAGGUUCAUCUACCCCUGCCGCAGCCUGUGUGAAGCUGUUAGGAACAGCUGUGCUCCAAUCAUGGCUUGCUAUGGCUACCCAUGGCCUGAAAUCCUGAACUGCAACAAAUUCCCUGCAGAUCACAACUUAUGCAUUUCAACAAUCACUGAUGAAACCACUUCGAGCAGGAGAAUGCCCCGAGCCAGCUGUAGGGACUGUGAGCUCGAGGAAGCCAGCACCGCCAAGGAGAUACUGGAAAACUUCUGUGCCAAUGAUUUCACUGUGAAAAUUAGAAUCUCCAGGAAGAACAUGACCUCCACCAUCUCUGCUUUUGACCUGGACUCCAAACUGGAGGUUUUGAAGCAUGGCCCCCUCCUCCGGGCGGAAAUCCACCCAAGACUGCAGCACUGGCUGGACCUAGAUGCCACCUGUGUUCACAACAUCAUGAGAGGUACACACACAGGAGUCUAUGUCAUCAGUGGAGAGGUGCAGAAUGACAAGGUGGUCGUAAACAAGGCCUAUGCAUGGCACAAGAAGAACAGGAACCUGCAGCUGGCUGCGCGGCGAUGGAAACAUCACCGGUGCCGAGCAUAG